GGCGCGGCCGGCGCGGGGUUUGGUGGGACGGCGCCGUGGGGAGCAGACAUGUCGGGGGUCCGGGCGGUGUCGCGGCUGCUGCAGGCCCGGCGCCUGGCGCUGACCAGGGCGCAGUGCCUGGCAACGCCGCAGACAGGCACCCGCAGUUUUCACUUCGCUGUGGAUGGCAAUAAGAGGUCGUCGGCUAAAGUUUCAGAUUCUAUUUCCACGCAGUACCCAGUAGUGGACCAUGAGUUUGAUGCUGUGGUGGUGGGCGCCGGAGGGGCAGGCUUGCGAGCUGCGUUUGGCCUCUCUGAGGCAGGCUUUAACACGGCCUGCGUGACCAAGCUGUUUCCCACCAGGUCCCACACUGUGGCGGCCCAGGGAGGGAUCAAUGCUGCCCUGGGGAACAUGGAGGAGGACAACUGGAGGUGGCACUUCUAUGACACCGUGAAGGGCUCCGACUGGCUGGGGGACCAGGAUGCCAUCCAUUACAUGACAGAGCAGGCCCCCGCCUCCGUGGUUGAGCUAGAGAAUUACGGCAUGCCGUUCAGCAGAACCGAAGAUGGGAAGAUCUACCAGCGUGCUUUUGGCGGACAAAGCCUCCAGUUUGGGAAGGGCGGGCAGGCCCAUCGCUGCUGCUGCGUGGCUGACCGCACCGGCCACUCGCUGCUGCAUACACUGUAUGGACGGUCUCUGCGAUACGAUACCAGCUAUUUUGUAGAAUACUUUGCUUUGGAUCUCCUGAUGGAAAAUGGGGAGUGUCGUGGUGUCAUCGCGCUGUGCAUAGAAGAUGGGUCCAUCCAUCGCAUAAGAGCGAAGAACACCGUUGUAGCUACUGGGGGCUAUGGGCGCACCUACUUCAGCUGCACGUCGGCCCACACCAGCACCGGUGAUGGCACCGCCAUGAUUACCAGGGCAGGCCUUCCCUGCCAGGACUUGGAGUUCGUUCAGUUCCACCCCACAGGCAUCUAUGGCGCCGGCUGUCUCAUCACGGAGGGGUGCCGCGGCGAGGGCGGCAUUCUCAUCAACAGCCAGGGUGAGCGCUUCAUGGAGCGGUACGCCCCUGUUGCCAAGGACCUGGCCUCCCGAGAUGUCGUGUCUCGGUCCAUGACUCUGGAGAUCCGCGAAGGCAGGGGCUGUGGCCCUGAGAAGGACCAUGUGUACCUGCAGCUGCACCACCUGCCCCCAGAGCAGCUGGCCAUCCGCCUGCCCGGCAUUUCAGAGACCGCCAUGAUCUUUGCGGGCGUGGACGUCACCAAGGAGCCGAUCCCCGUCCUCCCCACCGUGCAUUAUAACAUGGGUGGCAUUCCCACCAACCACAAGGGCCAGGUUCUCAGGCAUGUGAGCGGCCAGGACCAGGUCGUGCCUGGCCUGUACGCCUGUGGGGAGGCUGCCUGUGCCUCCGUGCAUGGCGCCAACCGUCUCGGGGCCAACUCGCUCCUUGAUCUGGUCGUCUUCGGCCGGGCAUGCGCCCUAAGCAUCGCAGAGUCCUGCAGACCCGGAGAUAAAGUUCCCCCAAUUAAAGCAAAUGCUGGGGAAGAAUCUGUCAUGAACCUAGACAAAUUGAGAUUUGCUGAUGGAAGCAUAAGAACAUCGGAACUACGGCUCAACAUGCAGAAGACCAUGCAGAACCACGCCGCUGUGUUCCGGGUGGGCAGCGUGCUGCAGGAAGGCUGUGAGAAGGUCAGCCGUCUGUAUGGGGACCUCCAGCACCUGAAGACGUUCGAUAGAGGGAUGGUCUGGAACACUGAUCUGGUGGAGACCCUGGAGCUGCAGAACCUGAUGCUCUGUGCGCUUCAGACCAUUUACGGGGCGGAGGCCCGGAAGGAGUCGCGUGGGGCUCAUGCCAGGGAAGACUACAAGGAACGGGUGGACGAGUACGACUACUCCAAGCCCAUCCAGGGGCAGCAACGGAAGCCAUUUGAGCAGCACUGGAGGAAGCACAGCCUCUCCUACGUCGACAUCAGGACCGGGAAGGUCUCGCUGGAAUACAGACCCGUAAUCGACAAGACUUUGAAUGAGGCCGACUGCGCCACAGUCCCCCCCGCCAUUCGCUCCUACUGAUGGGCCUGGAGUCCGCCAGCUCUUGUAAUUAUGUACAAUACAGCUUGCACACGUGUUCGGAGCAUAACUGAUCUUGAAUCCUGUACUCUAGUGAAUAAGGAUUCAUUUGAAUACAGAUCGUCUGCCCAGUGGUCAGCAGCUUGCCAGUGAUCAGAAGUGUGAAGCUUACUUUUAUCCCCUGCUUCGUUCUUGUAAAAUAAUAAAACUGGGCACAAUUCUUAAGUAAAACAUAAAUUACAAACUUA